AAAGGGAGAUUGAGGAGGUCAUACAAAAUAAGGAGAGAGUGCAGAGUCAACCACCCAACACCCACCUACCCAACACCCACCUACCCAUCACCCUCCUACCCAUCACCCACCUGCCCAACACCCACCUACCCAACACCCUCCUACCCAUCACCCACCUACCCAACCCCCACCUACCAACACCCUCCUACCCAUCACCCACCUGCCCAACACCCAUCUACCCAACACCCACCUACCCUACACCCUCCUACCCAUCACCCACCUACCCAACACCCACCUGCCCAACACCCACCUACCCAACACCCUCCUACCCAUCACCCACCUGCCCAACACCCACCUACCCAACACCCACCUACCCUACACCCUCCUACCCAUCACCCACCUACCCAACAGCCACCUACCCAACAGCCACCUACCUAACACCCUCCUACCCAUCACCCACCUACCCAACAGCCACCUACCCAACACCCACCUACCCAACACCCUCCUACCCAUCACCCACCUACCCAACAGCCACCUACCCAACAGCCACCUACCCAACACACUCCUUCCCAUCACCCACCUACCCAACACCCACCUACCCAACACCCUCCUACCCAUCACCCACCUACCCAACAGCCACCUACCCAACACCCACCUACCUAACAUCCUCCUACCCAACACCCACCUACCCAACACCCACCUACCCAACACCCUCCUACCCAUCACCCACCUACCCAACACCCACCUACCCAAUACCCACCUACCCAACACCCUCCUACCCAUCACCCACCUACCCAACACCCACCUACCCAACACCCACCUACCCAACCACCUACCCAACAGCCACCUACCCAACACCCACCUACCCAACCCCCACCUGCCCAACACCCACCUACCCAACACCCUCCUACCCAACACCCACCUACCCAUCACCCACCUACCCAACACCCACGUACCCAACACCCACCUACCCAUCACCCACCUAC